AUGGACGGCUUCACCACGCAUGUCACCUUUGCUCGGCGAGAUAACCCGGUCCUAGAGACUGACAAGGCCUAUGUCCUCGAUUACAUCGCCGGACCCGAUAUUCCGCGGACGAACAUCGAAGUUGAGACAGUCGACGAUAUCCGAGUACAGGAUUUUCGCAAAAGCCCGCUAUCACUGGAAAAGAAUGGCAUCACUAUCACGGAGCUCGCCACCUCAAUGGAGUACGCUGACUUUGCGGACGACCAGAAGGUGCAGGCUUGUUUUCUUGAAGAAGCCAAGGCGUGCCUCAAGGAUGUCCUGCAAGCAAAGGAUGUCCAUGUGAUUGACUACGAGAUUCGCCGCCGCCAUACGACAUUCCCCAGGUCAACCGGUGUGCCAUACGAUGCAGCACAGCCGAUUGUGGUCGCACACGGAGACUUUACCCCUCGCGAUGCUUUCCAACGAGUAAAAGAUUUAUUCGGCAAAGACGCAGAGACCAAAGCUGAGCGACCGUUCCAAUUUUUCAACUUCUGGAAGCCUUUGCGAGGACCAGUGCGCGACUGGCCACUGGCACUCUGCGAUCCCCUUACCCUUGACCCGGGUCGGGACAUUCUACAUGUGGACAAUGUGUGUACGGAUCGCAUCGGCGAGGUCUUCAACCUGCACCACAGUCCUAGCCAGCGAUGGUAUUAUCUGAGUAACCAGCAGGAAAGCGAGGCUUGGGUCUUCAACGGCUAUGAUUCGAGGAAGCCGGACAAAUACGGAGUACCGCACUGCGCUGUGCAGUGUCCGUCCGAGGGAAGUAGCCCUCCGAGGGAGAGCAUAGAGAUCAGAGGUGUAGCCUUCUUCUGA